GUACAAAAAAUGAAGAAGAAAUAUUGCUUUCCAUAAAUGGAAGAGCAAUACCAAAGAAAAUAAUAAACAAUAAUCACCUCAAUAUUAUGAGUAAAUAUACUAAUGUAACUAACUAACUCACUAUUGUCUAGUAUGAGUAAUAUUUAUUUGGGGGCACAUUCCCAUGUUGGGUUAUAUGGGAGAUAAUGAUGACUUGUGGCCCCGUUAACUGCUGUUUCCCUCAAUGUAACUGCUCUUUACCUCUAUCCCCUCUUUCUUACAGCACCAAUUAAACCGUUUUCUCUUCUUUUAUUAACUGUAAGUAUACACGAGGUAAACUAGUUCAUUCUAAUCCACCAUUUCAAGAGAAAAAAUAUGGACAAUCAAAACACAUACUGCACUACUACAACAAAUUUUCUUCAACCCCUUGUUCUACAAAAUCAAGUAAUUGGUGAUUAUCACCAUGAAGAAGAAAAGGCCGAAACAUCAAGAAGAUUCAGCAUGUUUGACACAAAUGUCAGGUACAGAUGUCAUCAAAAUCCCAGGAAGAAAAGAAGCAAAUUGUUAAGAAUUAGUGAUAAUUACUCCCUUAGAAUCAGUAGUAAUCCUAGUACUUCCGGUGUUAGUAGUGAAACUGUUAUUACUACUAAGCCAAAAUGUGCCAAGAAACGACCAGACCCUAAUGCACCAAAAAUUACUAGGCCUUGUACUGAAUGUGGCAAGAAAUUUUGGUCAUGGAAAGCACUUUUUGGUCACAUGCGUUGUCACCCUGAACGCCAAUGGCGUGGAAUUAACCCUCCUCCCAAUUUAAAACGACAAAUUCCUUCUUCAUUUUCCCAACAAUCCCACAAAUCCCUUUCGAUAUCAGACGAGGAUCAUGAAAUUGCCGAGUGCUUAUUGCUUUUGGCUAAUGAUAAUCGUCUCGAGAACGUUCGUCAAUUGGUUAUGGAUGGAGUUGAAGGAAAGGGUGUAAUUGAAUCAGGGUGUAAAUUUGAGUGUUCAAGUUGCAAGAAACUAUUUGGUUCACACCAGGCAUUGGGUGGACAUAGGGCUACUCACAAGAAUGUCAGGGGUUGUUUUGCAAAUACAAGAACUAUUGGGGAAUGUAGCCAGCAAUUAGGAUUGUUAGAAAAUGGCAGCAAUAUGUGCCCCUUAGAACAAGGAAGAGGCAGUGAUAGUGAAGAUAACAAAAGGUUGAUGGUGUUGGGGCAUAAGUGUAGUAUAUGUUUGAGAGUUUUCUCAAGUGGACAAGCUUUGGGAGGUCACAAAAGGUGUCAUUGGGAAAAACUCGGAGACGAAACAACAACAACAACAAUAAUAGCAGAGUCGGACUUAACACGAGCUCUCAUUGCCAAUGUCAAUCCAAAGGAGCAAGAAAAUAAUGUUGCUGAUGAUUUGGAUCUUAAUUUACUUCCUGUUACAAUCUCAAGAGAUGAUCAAGAUAAUUCUUCAGCUUCCCAUUCAUCUUUUUCAGGCUUGGAAUUGGACUUGAGAUUAGGGAUUUAAUGUAUAGUAGGAAUUUGUAAUAAUGAUAUUAGUGUUUCAUAUGUUCCAUAGUAAUAUAGGCUAAUGUUUCAAUGAUACUUGUGCUCUAUCAUCAUAUAUAGGAGUUUUACUAACUAAUUAGAAUGUUUUACGACUCCAAAAAUGGGAGUCGGCAUUUUAGUUGUGAUUUGUGCUCCCUAAU